AUGGUCUCUCUUUGGGGAUCGAAGAAUGGAGAGCAACGUCAGGCAGAGGAGGAGGGAGAGCAACCUUCUCAUGAACCAUCAAGACAGUCUGGUGGCGGUGGCCAUGAGGCUGAUGAACGAACGCGCUUAUUGCCACCUCGAAACGACGGCUACCUCGAUCCAGACGAUCCAGCCGUAUGCUUGGCGCUCUCCCAUCAAGUUUCUCCGUACAAUCUAUGGAGUGUCAGAGCUCUUCGCUACGUAAACCUCCUCUUCCUGUGCAUCAGCUUCCUCUGGUGGGUGCUCCUCCUCAUCUCGAUUUUCAUCAGCCCACCGUCCAUGAAUUCUCGUGGCUCCGGAUUCUUCGACUUCUCUUACACCACCUUGACCCUCGGGAACCUUCUACUUGCACUUCUCUUCUUCUCUGUUCCGUCCAAGGUCAUGGAAUGGGGUAGUCUGAUCCUAGCAUUCUUCCUCUUGGUCGACAUGAUCGUGAUUUGCGCCGUCUCAAGGCUUAGACUUGAAGAAGGAUGGCCGGGUAUAGCAUCAGUCGUCUGGGCUACAUUUAUGGCGAUCUACAACGUGGUUACGGAUCGAGUGGUCGCCUGGGGUAAAAGGGAAGAGGAGGUGCGCUUGACAGGCCGCAGAGAGUCUCGUCGCAGUCUGCGUGAAUGGUGUGCAGUCUUGACUGCAUCAAUCAUCAUGGUUGUCUUGAUCAUCGUAUCCAUUCUCCUAACUGCUACGCUAAUCCUUCGGGCGAAGGAUGCCAGCCUUGCCCCUCCCGGUAAACGUUACGACGUCAAUGGAGGCCAAUACCAGCUUCAUUUUGACUGUAUUGGCAAUAUAACUUACGGCUUAAAUGGUAAACCAAACCCGACAAUAUUGUUGGAAGGUCCUGGUCGUCCAGUCGAAGACUCUUUCACAGGCUGGGUUCAUAAUGCUUACAAGAACGGAACCAUAGAUCGCUACUGCUACUACGACCGGCCAGGCUAUGCAUGGUCGGACAAUGCGCCCUCCCCUCACUCGGCUGGAAUGACGGCUAAUGCACUUGCAGAAGUGCUUGCUCGUGCCGGCGAGGAAGGUCCAUGGAUUCUUGUCUCUGCUGGAAUAGGUGGCAUUUAUAGCCGCAUCUUCUCUGGCUGGCACAAGGCAGGAGUCAAAGGUCUGAUGCUGAUUGACAGCAUGCAUGAAGACCUCCUCCAUAAUGUGGGUAGCCCGACUCGUGGGUUUCUUUUGUGGGCCCGUGGUAUCAUAUCCCCGCUGGGCUGGGACCGUGUCGCUGGUGCUAUCAAAGGGCGCAGCUCUGAGGAUCGGGUGUAUGGACCAGUUGCAUAUCAGAAUGGGAAGUUCAUCAAGGCUAGAUUGCAGGAGAACUUGGUUGCAGAAUCUCUCACAAAGAGCGAUGUUAGUCAGGCUAGGACCAUUCAAGAUGAGAAGACACCCUUGGUUAUCAUAAGUAGCGGUAUCAGAGUGAGAACCGACCGCGACUGGGAACGAAAGCAGAAAGAUCUCACCAAGCUUACGGACAAUUUACUUGGUUGGGACGUAGUCAAUGCCGCACCGCAUGAAGUUUGGACCGUCCUGCAGGGUCGAGAUAUUUUGGAGAAGCGUUUGGGUGAAUUAGUGAAAGCCUCGUGA